GUAAACAUUUCCAAACUGAACAACAAUCCGAAUGUAUCCUUCACACAGAUGCCGAUUGACAACCAUUCUACAAACGAAACUUCGUAUGUGGCGUACUUAAAUUACUUAUACGCAAACAACGAUUCUUUAAUCGACCGUGAACAGGAUUACGCACACAGAAAUUACACUAUUAUCCAAAGAGAAGACCUAAUUCAUAACGGCAUAUGCAUGCCAAAUUAUAUUCUCAUUGGCCCAGGGUUCCUUAGCGCAUAUCAACGAGUCUACGCGGGGACGUAUCUGCUCUCGUUCAUCGUGGUGUUCGUGUUGUAUGGCCUCAUUUAUAGGUCAAUACAUGAGCAUAGAGCGAAGCGAAGCAAGAGGAAACGAUCAAGCCUAUACCAUGGGAUUGAAUUCUCCCACGUUGAAACACAGUUUACAGCGGUCACACAUGUUAAUCCCCAUAACAAACAUCGGAGCUCUAACAGCCUUGAACACGGUGAGGCGGCAGACGGCGAUGGCGAGUGCUUGCCGGAAUUGCAGCCAAUGCGUCCACUAGCAAAAUCGAGUUCACGGGCGAUGUCCAUAAAAGAGAAAACACUUAUUGCAAAUAUUCGGACAGCCAUAAUGCUGUUUGUUGUCACAAUUGUGUUUCUUAUUGCGUUUCUGCCAGCCUGGUUAAUGGGAUUAGACAUUCUGGACUACAAUCAAGUCAUCUUUUAUAUGUAUUUUAUCUACCAUACGACGAAUCCUUUCAUUUACGCAUUUAUGAACAAGUCGUUCAGAGACGAUCUUGGAAAAGUUAUCAAAUGCCAAAGCAUGCCUAUUGUACGAUAACAAUACGUAUUUCGUAUUUUCGGAUUGCAUAUGGGACAGACUCAUGUGAAAUGUGCGUUUACCGUUAUGUUUAUUGUUUCAAUGCCGUUUAGAUUGCAAUUAUUAUAUAUAUCAAUGGAACACAUUUUAUUUACGUGUUCUCUCUUUUAACAAUCUUUGUUUACUUUUGCUCUAUUUUCAACACAACAAUUCUGUUAUAUAAUUUAUUUUUGGCAAGGUCAUAAUAAAACACAUUAAUAAUAAUAAGUGUAGAGUCAAUUGACGCGAAUUCUUUAUGUUAUUUAAAUUAACCAAAUGAACAUUUUUAGUAACAACCCCAUUA